AUGGAGACUGAAUGUAAAUCAAUUUCAAAUCAAAAAAAUGAGUCUGCUCCAAGUUAUAAUUGGAAGGAUGUUACUCCAGAAUUUUUUGAUUCAAUCAAAGAGUUAGAAUUAGGUGAACUUUUACAUGGCUACUUCUUUGGUUUAUUUGAAGCAAUGUCAGCUAUUGAAAUAAUGGAUCCCAAAAUGGAUGCAGGCAUGAUGUGUAAUCGUGAAUCAAAAGCAAUAAAAUUAGAGGAUUUGAAAUUGAGUGGCCUUUCUGUGUCUGAACAAAUAUCUAUAAUAGAUGUUACAUUAGCUUGUCUUGUAUCAUGGCUUGAAGGGCAUUCUUUAGCACAAACGGUAUUCACAAAUCUAUAUUUCCAAAAGCCAUAUGAAAUUGAAGAUGUUCCAUUGAAAGCAUUUUGUAUAUGUAUUUAUAAAAUCAUUGAAGAAAUUAGGGACUUUGCUAACAGGGCACAAGUUUUUGAAGAAGAAGAUUUUCAACCUGCGCUAUAUAGCUAUCAUUAUUUUAAUGAAAUUUCUGUCACUCGUGUAAUUGGUAUGAUGAGAGAAGUUGAUGAGUCAAUAAAUCAUAAACUAAAAUCAAAUGCAAAUAGUGAUGAAAAUGAAUCUUAUGUUGCAUUAAAUACACGCAUUAAGUUUGUUAGACUUUUUUUUCAAAUUUUACUUUCUUUUAAUCGUCGUGAAAAUCAUUCGAGUUCAAUGGGAGAAACCCAGAGGUUGUUAACUACUUGUGGAUUAUUGAUUCCUUCUUUAAUAAAUACUGUGGAUAAAGGAGUUCCCAAAGUUGGCAACUGGUGUUAUGAUUUGGGCUUUGACCCUCUAAUAAAUCAAAAAUUAUUACCGCCUACAUUUCCUCGUUAUACAAAAAUUAAACCAGCUGGUGAAGCUUAUGUUUAUUUUGAUUUGUUGUUAACAAGACUGAAACAAAUUUGUAAAUUGACAAAUUGUGCAACUUUUAUUAGUGCUUUGGAAUGUUUUAUUGAACUUGGUCAUAACAGUCACUUGUGUAUCGUAUCAAGAUCAAUAAUGCAAACUCUUUAUUUUCCUCAACCUGGUCAAGUUUUUGGUACUCAGGAUUUAGAGGACUGUCUUCGAGAAUGGGCUAAGUCAUUUAUAGCACCACCAUCACUCAUACCACGUUUAAACAUUCUGUCUAACUCUCAAGCUAAGGAUUGUAUACAUAAUUUUUUUGAUCAUUGCACUCGUCCAUUUGCUGGGUUGAUUCAGAUUUGUGGUCACAAUAAAGCUAGGCAAAGGGAUAAAUUAGCACAUCUUAUGGAAGAUUUUUCAGCACUACAAGAUGAGUCUCAGAGGGUUGAUGCUUUUUUGCACUCAUUCUCAUCAAAAUUGGAUCCACCUAGAGAGCAUCUAGCUAGCUUUAGCACAUGGAUAAUUUAUCAUACAAUUAGAAUUAUGAUAAUGUACUUACUGUCUGGUUUUGAAUUGGAAUUGUAUAGUCCACACGAAUAUCAGUAUAUUUAUUGGUAUUUAUAUCAAUUUUUGUAUGGUUGGUUAGUGUCUACAUUAAAUAGAGCUGAUAAUGUGUUGCUUGGCAGUGAUUCAUUAGUUGAUUCUCAAAAGAAUCGAACAAAGCGGAAUAAGCCUAAAAAGAAAAAACCACAUCCAUAUAGCCAAGAAAUUGUUAUGUGCCAUGCAAUGCAAAGUUUAACGGGUGCUUAUUUCAAGACAUUGGUUGGAUUUCAAUUAGAAGGUAAAAUCCGUACUCCAAAACAUGCAAAGUUUGACAAUGAAAAAGUUCGUUAUGAACACAGAUUUGCUGCAUUCUCAGCAGUAGCUGUACCACCACCGUUUUCGUAUAAUGAAUUUCAAAUGACUAGAUGCCAAUUACGUGAUUCAGUAUCUGGGGAUUCUGGAAUGUUAUAUUUGAAUAGCUGUGAGCUAUUUCACCAAGCAAGGUGUUUACUAGAUACAAUUGCACAGCCACACUCGCAACAAGUACUUGAUUUAAUAAAAGUGUGUAAAACAAAUUUUGUAACCAUGAAGUUGCUAGCUAGUGGAUAUAUGAGAGGACCAGAUGUAUCGUUGGACUUCGACUUCUCAACUAAUUCUUACUUUCCUAUAUUAAAGCUCAGCUAA